CUGCCCCCGGCCCCUUUGUUUCGCCGCACCAGGCGCUCGGUGGGCACCGCUGCGCGCCCCGCAUCCCGCCCGCAUCGCCGCUCCGCGUCCUCCCUCCGGCGCCCCUUUGUUGUAGCCCUCUCGUCGGUAGCCGGCUGACCUGCCACAGCCGUGGCACCGAUUCCUGCCUUUCUCUUUCUUCCAUUGUCUUUCUCCUGUGUAUCCCCUCUCACCUUUUUUUCUGUUGGGUCCCUAGUCACCCCCAGAGGCUUUGUCUUCGCUAUCUAGUGGCUCAUUCUCGUAGCAUCUCCUUCCCCUCGCGUCGCUGCUUGCUUGAUUUAUCCACUGCCCACUGUGUCUGUCUGCUGAACUGUCUCAGCCCCGGGGACUCCAUCUGGUGCUUCUACGUGCACACAGACUCUAAGGUUUGCUUUUGUUGUUUGAGUCUGGAAGAUUCUUGGGGAUACUUAAGUUUGCUCUUCCGCUCCCCUCCUUUCCUCCGCACCCCUUUCUUCCGUGAUCAUAUCCCUCACCCCACAUCCAUGCGCCUUUCUCUUGGGAUUAAAACGACUUCAGUUUUCUUUGCCAUCUUUCUGUGCCUGUGAUUGUUUUGCUUGGUAACAGUAACGCUGGCAAAGAUCUAGAUUUCUUGAUGGUUACUUCUCUUGCACCCGCUGUUGGCUUUUGACGGCCCAGGCCGAGGGCAUCCGCAGUAGCGUCGCACCUGGGUUUCCCUGAGGGCGAAUGGGAAGGGUGUAUUGUAAGACUGUUAGAGGUGAGCACAAAGGUGUUCUUUUUUUCUCUUGUUGGUGUUGGAGAAUUGUUUCAGUUAUUCAUAGUGGAUAUUCAUUUGAUGUGAGUAGGAGGUUAGUGAAUUUUGAUGCUGAAAACUUGUGAUUGUUGGGGUGGAGAAUUUUAUCAUUUUUUUUCUGGAAUCUAGAUUUAGUUUUAUUACUUUUCUACUCCUGCUUUAUAGCGAAGAGACAUCUCGUCUGGGAAUUGAUAAAUAAAUGGUUUGCUUCUUAAUAACUUAAGUGAGUUUACCAUUUUUGAUUAUUUGAAUUUGCAGUUUGUGCUUUUUACUUGUGUGGGUAUGUGGCAACUCCUGUUGGGAUCAGGUGCCAAAGAGCGGAGCGCAGUUUUGGUUUGAAUACUGCUUUUAGGAUCUUUGUGGAAUAUAUUAAUUACAGGCAGUCAAAAGACAGUGAUAGCUUUUAGUUUGCUUAAUUGAAAGGUACUUCCUUCUGUUACGGCGGCAUUAAGUUUUCAGCUGUUAUUGUUAUGGUAAUAUUAAGAGCUUGGGGUGCUGGCUGGGGGCGUGGUGUAGGGUAUUGUAUACUAAUGGCCUGAAUUAUUGUGCUAGAAAUAAUGCAUCAGGUUGUUAAUACUGAAUGUGUUAUUCCAGAGGUUUUGUCUGCUGGUUGAUCACUACUUCUAGAAGAUGCAUUACCCAUAAAAUCACUCGCAGCGUCAUCUCUGUAAUAAAGCUGUACACAAAGGGCUGUUGAUGAGGACAUAGAUGGUGAGGUCUAAGGAAUGCUAGUACUCUGGAAAGCCUUUAUGGUGAUUAGAAUUAAUAGGCUGAAUAUUUUCAGGGGAAACCAGAUUUUUAAGAACAAUACAUGAAGGUUUUUUAAAUGAGAAUUUGCAUUUGUCUCAUACUUAGUGCGUAACUCGAGGUUAACAUUAGGCACACUGGUUCUGAUUGUAAGCAUGCUAUAAAUGCUGUAUAAUAAUGGAAUGUAGUUUGCUCUGAUUUGUGCAUUUAAGAACGAUCACAAAGACGCCCUAAGUGAGCUGUACAACUUGAGUUGUGUUGUUUCUAAGCAUGCGAGAGACUUCUAUAGUUUAUCUUAGCCAAAAGCCUGAGCAACGAUCAUGUAAGAAUUUUCACGAAAUAAAAAAAAAAAAACAACAAAAAAAAACCAGUGCCUUGACUUAGAAGCGUAUUUGGAAAUAGAAAUGAACUGUGGCUGGGGAACUUUUUGAGUAUUGACUAUUUUAGCUUUAAAUUUAUUAUCCCCACAUGUUUGAAGGGAAACUAUGAGUCUGGCUCGCAGAAUUUUUUAGAUUUGUUGUAUUACAUACUUUUAGGCCUCCAGUUUUAAACAGUUAAAUUUAUGUAAAUGUUACUUCUUUCCAUAUACUCAGAGAUUACUCCUACUGUCUCUUAAAUUGGUAAGAUAAACAAGGAGAAAGCUGCUGUUGCCAGAUGUAAUUCAUUAGAUAAUCUUUGGCAUUAGAAGAAAAUGAUUGUUUUAAAGUUCUUACAUGUUUUAAUUCUUAGGGUCACUCAUUUUUAGAAAUAAGACUUGGCCUGAAGCGUUAUUUUGCAUUUUGCUUCCUCCUAAUACUAAAUUCAUGUUACUUCAGCUAGGGGCAGUAUUUUCUCAUGGAUUGACUAAAAGUUGUUAUUUUUGGCGUUUGGCUUUGUGAUUAUUCCCCAGUUACUCUGUCUCCUCUGCCAGUUUCCUAGCUGUAGAAUGGGACUGGAAUAACUUGCCACACCUGCAGCGGUGUGCCCUAGAGUGUGCAGAGCCCCAUGGGUGCUUACGGUCUAGGGACUGCCACUGAGAUGAGCUGAUGUGAAGUAGGUCAGAUUUUAUACGAAGUCAAGUGAGGAAGUUAUGGACUAAGUUCUUGGCAGCUUAGUGACGGUGGUAACAGUGGAAUGAAAGAAAAAUCCAACUGUGUUGUAUAUGUAAAAGAUACAACUUUAGAGGACGAAGAUCAAGAAAAAUAAUCUUGUAUAAAAGAUUGAAGAUCUACCAAACUAAAGUGUAAUGGCACAUUGUAAAAUUAUGGGAUGCCGUUUAUGGAUUAUUGCAUGUAGUAAUACUUUUUGUAGUAAUACUUGUUAAAAGACAGUACAAAUGUUUUCCUUGUACUCUUAGCCAAGCCUAAUAAUAGUAAUGAAAACGUUUCUAUCUACCUUAUAUUUUUUGAUGUUUUGUCAUAAGCUUUGAAGAAUAUUUUCUGACCACUAGGACAUAAUUAGACUUGGCUCUUGCUUUUAGGGAAAGGUUUUUUGUUUUUGCGCUUGGGACAUUCUGUAGAUACUUACUGAUGAAACCCAUUGCUCCUUUAUUCUGGUAGCUGAUAGUCAGGUGUCAUCUGGUUCCCCAGUUAACAUUUCAGGCUUCUUCUCUCAUUACCCCUUCAUUAUGGACUGUUGCGCUGUGCAGACUAGGUUGCCCUGGUGCUUAAGGCACUCCUGCCGAAGCUGCUGCCUAGGUUGCCCUGGUGCUUAAGGCACACCUGCCGAAGCCUGUCUGUGCCGGGACUACGUGUGUGCACAUAACUGAGCCUUUACUUUUUUCUUUUCUAAUUACUAAGAACUGAUAAUUUUGUUUCUAAACAACCCCUUUAAUCUGUCUUCAUCCUUAAUGCCAUGCUGCGUGCUGACAUCAUCUCACCUAUCUUACCACAGGCCACUCUCCCCUUCUAGAUUCACCUCUAGAUGCUCUAGCUUCCCCAUGGCAACACCAGUGUUUCUGAAUGAACAGCUCUAGUUUAAAAGGCUUUCAAUGGCUCCCCCUACAGCCUCCACUAAGGGAUGCAGCAAGCUAGAGGGCUUUGAAGUCAUAGGAUUUGUUCUGUGCUGGGUUCCAGUUCUGUUUUUUUCCACUCAAAGCUCUGUAUCUCUGUAUCAAGCUGGCCUAUCCUUUCCUGUGCCAUCAAUUGCAAGAUAAUUAUUCCUAAUUGAAAGUGUUAUGAGGUAAAAUGAAAGCAGUUAAUAGAAUUCAAGGCACAUACUUAGUGCUUUAGAAAAAUCUUUGCUAGUGUUUGAUAGUAGUUUCUCCAUAGCUAUUUCAUAGAUACCCUCUUCAACUCAGAUACCCUCUUCAAUUGUUCCUUCAUCUUCAUGCUCAUAUUUAAUAACAUAUUUAAGUUCCUACGUAGGCCCAGCAGUUUAAUGCUUCCUUGAAUUUGAAAAUAGGUUCUUUGAGACUGAGGUCAGAGAGUAGUCUAAUUAAAUAUAUCAGGCUAGGUUUCAUGUCCCUGCUAUGUGUCAUAAUUCUCUUGGAAGUAUGUUGCUGAGUUGUAGUGUAAUUAUUAUAUUCAAACACUGUUAGUUACUUGGUGGUAGAUACCAUUUCCUUUUAAUCAUUUAUAUAUUAUUCUCAUAAAUAUGUCCAGUAUAGAGAGCCAGCAGCUAUCUAUCUAUCUAUGGACAGGGUCUCUGUGUGUAACAGCUCUGGCUGCCCUGGAACUCUUUCUGUAGACUAGGCUGGCCUCAAACUCACAGAGAUCUGCCUGUCUCCUGAACACUGGGAUUAAAGGUAUGUAUUACCAUGCCUGGCUCCAGAAAAAAUUUUAAGAAGAUUUACAUUUGAAACAUAAACGUAACAUGGCUGUAUAGUCUGAAUUUAGUAUAUAUUAAUUUCUCUUGUAAUAAGAUACUCAUGUAGCUCUCAUUUAUGGUUUUAUUAGGAAACUUGCUGAUGUGCCCAAAGGAAUUGCUGUUUUCAGCCUCAGUCUGUCACAUACUGUUAGAAAACAGUGAGGCUCGUGGAAGUACCUUUUAGAUGAUAGAAAACACUGCUGUAAAUUGUUUUUCCAAGAAUGACAAGUGUAAAUUUCACAUUGUGAUUUUAUGUGGUUGGUUAUCAAGUAUUUCUUAAAGAGGAAUUUAUUCAAAGACAAGAUUUUUGGCCUGGGAGAUAGCUUAGAAUAUAAAUUUGAGUCCCAAAUGCUGGCAUCCCAACCCUGGGAAGUUGAUGGUGAGAUAGUGGAUCCUUGAAGCCCUACUGCUCAAUAAUUCUAGUCACCUUGGUAAGAGGUUCAGGCCAGAAGGGGGUGGGGGGAAACCUUAGCUCAAAAAAAAAAAGGAACAGGUGGAUAGUGCUUAAGGAAUGAUGCCAGAAGUUGUCCUUUGCACUCCACAUAUUUACACUUAGGAAGACACACCCAUCUCUAUAGCUCAGGCUGACCUCAAACUCAUGUUCUUCCUGAGUGCUGAGAUUAUAGAUGUUACCACUAUGUCCGACUGGUUCCAUGAUUUUUAAGUGUUUCAAUUACUUCUUAGAUGGAUAAAAUUGUACAUAAAAUCUUAGGGCACUGUGUACUGCCUUGUUUUUGAUCCAUGCCACAUAAUUAAAUUAAUUAUCUACAGGGCAGCUCAUCUUUAGGAAAGAUUACUUACUAGUAAUUUCUUCAUCAGAUUCUGCUUUUGUAAAAUAGGGAAUUACACUUUCAUUGUAUUUGUCUGCACAGGCACAUUGUGACUGUUUUAUAUGUGAACUUACAAAGGUCCAAUAAAACAAGGUGUAAGUGAUUUGUAAGUAGUAAAAUGUGGAGCUCUUUUACUAAGUCAGUUCCUUGGUAACCUUCCAUGUACAAGGCUCAAGAUACACUUUUCUACUGCACCCUGUGGUUUGUGGGUCGUGUUUUAGGAAGGCAGCGGUGUGUGUUGUACGUAGGACCGCAGCCAUUGAGAUAACAUGCUUUGACAUUAUAAGAGGCAUAUUUGCUCAAUUACUGUUUCACAAGGGAUGUUGUCAUUAGUCACCCCCAACUUUGGGGUUUACUUCUUGCUGCUCAUGGAUUUGCUUGGACAACCACAGUAAUAAAGGAAUGUCGACUGCCCAGCUGCUGCUAUCUUUCAGACACUCUGUCGGCAGUUCUGGAUGCCUCUUAAGACUCUGGCGUUACAUCAUGUGGUUGCUUAUGCCUCAUUAGGCCUGCUGCUGCUGCUUUGGUGAAUGAAGUGAUAAUCUGAUGGUCUGAAAAAUGUAUUUUUCAAGCAUACAUAAGAGAUUUAUGGGGAUGGGGGAAGUAUAAGUGAUAGUAAUUUUCUAUUUGUAUAAAUAUUUGUGUAAAUUUGUUGGGUUGAGAAAAUGCAUAGAGGUACACACACAGCAUCUGUUUAGUCAGAUUGGUGAGUUCAGGCAAUAUUGGGAAUAGUUAAACUAUUUAGAGCUUAUAUACAAAAAUAAAAGACAACCCAUUUCUUUUUUUAUUACCAUUUUUAUUUAUUUUUAUUUAUUUUUUUUAUUUUAUACUUUGUAUCCCAGCUGUAGCCCCCUCCCUCAUUCCCUCCCAAUCUCACCCUCCCUCCCUCAUCUUCUCCCUGUCCUUUUCCAAGUCCACUAAUAGGGGAGGACCUCCUCCCCUUCCAUCUGACCCUAGCUUAUCAAGUCUCUUCAGGACUGGCUGCAGUGUCCUCUUCUGUGGUCUAGCAAGGCUGCUCCUCCCUCGGGGCGUGUGGGGGGGUGUCGAAGAGCUCGCCAUUGAGUUCCUGUCAGAAAUAGUCCCUGUUCCCCUUACUAGAGAACCCAUUUGGACACUGAGCUACCAUGGACUAUAUCCGAGCAGGGUCCUUGGACAACCCAUUUCUUAUGCAUUGUAUUUGCAAAGGCUUGAACUGAAAGUGCUUUUUGCCUGUGAUGGAUGUGAGAGAAUACACCAACACUAGAAAAUCACUGUCAAGAUUUCUAUAUUCCUUUAGUAUGUUUAGUUUAUACUAGAGCUGAUUUGCAUUGUUAAUUAGAUGAUGGUCCAAGUUGCUAGAAUAAAUUUCUCAUAAAAGUGUCCUAUAAAAGUGUUAUUUUGUAAACAUGUUAGAGAAUGUAAUAGAAGCAGACUGCAUUAUAAAGCAUGAAACCAGUGUUAUAGGGACUUGUAAGUUCUGAAUAUACUAGCUUUAGACUGGUUUGCAUUGGAACAAAGGUAUUGUCUCCCCUUUCUGCAUACUCACGAAAGUCUUCUGCAUGCAUACUGGUUCAACUCAGAUUUUUUGGUUCUAGGUGUUAGAAUAGUUUCCACACCAAAACCCAGUUAAUUCUGAGUUUCUAAUCUUACACCAGUUGGAGUAAGCAGAAACAUGGAGUCCCAAGACAUGAGUAACUUAAGGGAAAUAAAGCUAGCCUCCCUUAACAUGUUUCAUUGAGAAUGUAUAAUAAAGAGACAGUUAUUGAUUGACCACUACUAAGUAAAGGACUCCAAUGUGAUAGUCUUCUGAAAGUGUCCAGCAUGCUGUGUUGGAUAUGAUUUAGUGGGAUAAUUAUAGUUUAAUUGUGAUAAAUGCUGAGAUGCAUGUAUAGUGUUUGUAGGGACACUGGUGUCAUUGAUUAUGUUCCAUUGGAGGGGUGUUAGUGGGGAGUUUUAAUUAAGCCAGAAAUGUGGUUUGGGCUCUUUGGAGAUACUUGUCAAGCUAAGUCAGGAAUGCGUAGAAUAGGUGCAGAUUUUAGCUGAUCAAGGGCUGGUUGUAAAGUGUAAAGUAGAUUGGAAUUGAUGGUGAUCAUACAGAUGUAAUAGAGGUUCAUUUUUGGGGUAGGACUAGGAAUGGAAAGGCAAAACAGCCCUUUUCUGAGGUAUAGUAGAAUAAGAAACUGGAGCCAGUGUGUUGUCUAUUACUAAAGUAGAUCUGUGGUAAUGAGCAUGUUAGCUAACUUAAGUCUUCAUGGUGUUGAUGUGAGGAUUGAACACAUUAAGGGAUAUAAAAUACUUGGCUCAGUUUUGGAAGUAGAUGCUUGAGAAAUAGUUUAAUUUCCCCCCUUUUGUACUAUGGAAUUUCAGAUAAUGAGAGGGGGAUAUGGAAGGGAAGGAAGAAAAAACCUAAAUUUUUGAAACCUGAUUGUUGACAUAAUCAGAACUGGAAGAGUCUGAAUAAAGUGAAUAAAUUUAAGAGAACCUAUAUAUGAAAAUGUUUAAGUUAUUUAAUAUCAAAAUGUUAACCCACACAUAUCUCUACUACGACAGUUAACAUUGUUCUGUAGUUGUAGAUUUGUCUACUCUUUCUGUGACUUCCCAGAACCAUUUUAUUUGCCUUUAAUAAUGACAUAGACUAUUUUCCAGAUUACUACUUGCUGUAUAAAUGGCCUGAAAAGGAGUUAGUAAUAUGUGACACUUGCCACUAGGUGGCAGUUGGUCUAAGUGAUAAACCUGGCAUUCUGCAUAGAGUCGAUUUUUCUGCUUAUAUGACCCACAUAGAAUUUGACUCUUGGAUUAUAGUCACCAUUCUGCAUUUCUGAACUGUACUGUUUGAAGUGGGACAUAUGAAACAUAUCAACUAGAAAACCCAGAUUGUUAAAAACAAUAGAAAACUGAACAGUGUUAGACUGUGUCCCAUAGAUUAUAGCCUUUAUUGUAGGAGGCUUUUGUUGGUAAGACUGUGAGUGGCUUUAGAGGAGGACAGGCUGGUGUGGCAGUGUGUUUCUUGGAGUUGGUAGAAAGGUGAUGAAAGGUGGUCUGCCUGACAGCGACUGGGUUAGGAUUUUUUUAACCCACCUCCUUACCCCAGUUCUGUAUGAGUUGUAUAUGUUGUAUGUAGAAUCCAUUAGAUUCAGGGAACUUAAGAGCUAGAGAAGAUCUUACUAAUUUCAUGUUCUAAAAUCCUCAUUUUAUCACAGGCAGGUUAGGUAGUUCACUGGUGGUUAGACUUGACUGAGAUGCUUCUCAUUUGGUGGGUUUGUGAGUGUGUGUGUGUUUGUGGGGAGGUGCUGUAUAUGCUCGUGCUUUCACUCUUUAUUAAUGCUCCUAGAUCUGUUACUGUGUCCCGUCCUUUAUUUGUGUGGACCAGUAAUGUAAGCAAGUUGUCCAGCAUCCAGUAGGGUGCCACUGCCAUCAGUGCUGUGCAGUUGUCGGUUCUUCCUCCUUGGCUGUCAUCCUAUUUUUGUUUUUAUUUAUGUUUUUGAAACUGGGUCUCAAUGUGUGGUCCGAGUUGGCCUUGUUGGUUCUAACCCAGGCUGCCUGCAGUGCACCGCCGUCCUCUUACCUCAGCCUCCCUCUUGCUGGGUUUACAGUCCUGUAGCACCAUACUUUGUUUUUUUGUAUUUGAGACAAUUUGCACUGUAGCUUUGUGAAUGCACAGUCAGGUCUCCAACUUAUCCAUCUGCCUUAGUUUCCCCAGUAGUGAUUUUAUGGGCAUGAGUCAACAUAUCCAACUGAAGUCGUCUAUUUCAGACUGGCUAAAGUGGCCUCCUGGGAGCAUGGUCUUCUUACCCACUGAGACAGUUACUUCUGCCCCCCUCCUCUCCUCUCCACCGUCUUACCUACUUUACACCUGGCUGUCCCUAGAAGACAGAAGGGCAGAGGGUGAAAGAAAGAUUUUUGCGCAUGGGAAAAAAGAUGCUACAACUUAAAAUUUUAUGCUGAAAAGCUGACUGGCUUAUAAACUUGAUGAUGAGCACGAAGCCAUUAUUCUGGUGUAUAUGCUAAGACAGUACUCUUAACCAUGGAGUUAUUAAAUCUUUUGACUGUCAUCUCUUCUUAUGACGAUGUCAAGGAAGUGAAUUAAAUUCAUUUUGGCAUUCAAAGAUAGUGGUGAUAGGAUUUGGUAAUUCACUUACAGCUUAAUAAUGAAUGUCAUUAUUUGAUUAAAUGGAUUGCUGGUUCACUGGUGUAACUUCUUUUGUGAACAGUCAAACCGGAGUAGCUGCCCCUUCCAAGGAUUAUUUCAUGAAUAUUGGCAGUCCAUUCUUUAACCUGGUCAUCUCUGUGCAUUUUGCAUACACAGCUUAGUGACAUGUCAUUUAUUUAAACCUAUAGUUUCUUAUUUUAACUCCUGGAAAUUGUCAGUUGGUAAAGUAGGUGCUUGUUAAAUUACAUAAGAACUCUGUAGACCAGGUUGGCCUGAACUAAGAUCUGCCUGACUUGUGUUCUGAGAGCUGGGAUUAAAGGUGUUCAGCACUGUGCCCACCACCGCCUGGCUGAAUUUAAACCUAGAUUUGUAUGUUCCUUAUGCCUUGGCUCUUUCCUUAGUUACUUUGUAAAAAGAAACUGAACCUUUCUUUUUCUUUCAAACCACUGGCCUUGUGCAUUGGAGUCAAGCAUUCUGCAGGCCACCCCUGGGAGCUUUUCUUAAGGACUAAUGUCAGGAAGUUUGGUGAGCGGCCUCCACCUAAACGACUCACUAGGGAAGCUAUGCGAAAUUAUUUAAAAGAACGAGGGGAUCAAACAGUACUCAUUCUUCAUGCGAAAGUUGCACAGAAGUCAUAUGGAAAUGAAAAACGAUUUUUUUGCCCUCCUCCUUGUGUGUAUCUUAUGGGCAGUGGUUGGAAGAAAAAAAAAGAACAAAUGGAACGAGAUGGUUGUUCUGAACAAGAGUCUCAACCCUGUGCAUUUAUUGGAAUAGGAAAUAGUGACCAAGAAAUGCAACAGCUGAACUUGGAAGGAAAGAACUACUGCACAGCCAAAACAUUGUACAUAUCUGAUUCAGAUAAGAGAAAACACUUCAUGUUAUCUGUAAAGAUGUUCUAUGGCAAUAGUGAUGACAUUGGUGUGUUCCUCAGCAAGCGGAUAAAAGUCAUCUCCAAACCUUCCAAAAAGAAGCAGUCAUUGAAAAAUGCUGACUUGUGCAUUGCCUCAGGAACAAAGGUGGCUCUGUUUAACCGACUUCGCUCCCAGACGGUUAGUACCAGAUACCUGCACGUAGAAGGAGGAAAUUUCCAUGCCAGUUCACAGCAGUGGGGAGCCUUUUACAUUCAUCUAUUGGAUGAUGAUGAAUCAGAAGGAGAAGAAUUCACAGUUAGAGAUGGUUACAUUCAUUAUGGACAGACUGUCAAACUUGUGUGCUCAGUUACUGGCAUGGCACUCCCAAGAUUGAUAAUUAGGAAAGUUGAUAAGCAGACAGCAUUACUGGAUGCAGACGACCCUGUAUCACAACUCCACAAAUGUGCAUUUUACCUUAAGGAUACAGAAAGAAUGUACUUGUGCCUUUCUCAAGAAAGAAUAAUCCAAUUUCAGGCCACUCCAUGUCCGAAAGAACCAAAUAAAGAAAUGAUAAAUGAUGGAGCUUCCUGGACAAUCAUUAGCACAGAUAAGGCAGAAUAUACGUUCUACGAGGGAAUGGGCCCUGUCCUUGCCCCAGUCACUCCCGUGCCUGUCGUAGAGAGUCUUCAGUUGAAUGGCGGCGGGGACGUAGCGAUGCUUGAACUCACAGGACAGAACUUUACUCCAAACUUACGAGUGUGGUUUGGGGAUGUAGAAGCCGAAACAAUGUACAGAUGUGGAGAGAGCAUGCUCUGUGUGGUCCCUGACAUUUCUGCAUUCCGAGAAGGUUGGAGAUGGGUCCGGCAGCCAGUCCAGGUUCCAGUAACUUUGGUCCGAAAUGAUGGAAUAAUUUAUUCCACCAGCCUUACCUUUACCUACACACCAGAACCAGGGCCGAGGCCACACUGCAGUGCAGCAGGAGCAAUUCUCAGAGCCAACUCAAGCCAAGUGCCCAGCAACGAAUCAAACACAAACAGCGAGGGAAGUUACACAAACGCCAGCACAAAUUCCACCAGUGUCACGUCGUCCACAGCAACCGUGGUGUCCUAACUACCGUCUUUUUUGCUGGGACCUAAACUGACUUGAAUGCGGCAAAAAGUUGACAAAAACAAACAACACGAAAAAGAAAAGGCAAGGAUAAGAUGAACAAUCAUCUGUGGUUUCUUGGGAAAACUUUUCAUACCAGGUGAUCUAUUCAAAAGCCCGUUACCUGCAAAUACUGAUGUGAAAUGCAGAAGCCACAUAAAUGAAAAACAUCAAAAUGUACAAACUGUUGGAAAUGAAGGUUUUCAGCUGUCUCUCUCACACACACCCCUUUUUGGUUGUUUUUAUUUUUAUUUUUAUUUUUUGGUUUGGCUUUGAUUAAACGGUCAAGAAAUAGCUAUGUGGCUGGAGUACAGGUUAGGCUAGAUGACACAUAUCUGACAUAGUUUUUAUGGACCAAGGGACUUGCAUAAGCUUUAGGAAAAGGUACAUUUCACCAUGCCUUUUUAUACCGCAGUGUGGGGUACACCACGCUACCAAAUAGGUUCCGCUCCCACCCUUCGAGCGAAGUACAUUCAGGUUCGAGCCUGACCAUGCUUGUUCACUCUGAGUACUGAACACUUCCAGGUUCUUUUGGUCUAAGGCUGGAACUUUUUUUAAGCUGAAGUCUUAUGACUUUUUCAUACGUUGGAAUUAUUUUGGUUUCAGCAAGUCAAAUUUUGUAAAGGCCUGCAUAUUUUUUUUAAGAUUAUAUGAAGUCUGCAAAAGCUUUAAAAAUGCCUCUGCCUUGCCUGCAAUACAUGCAAUGUAUGUUAACUUAGUCUGUUCUCAGAUACUGUUGGUAGUUAUUUCUGUGUUUUUCUUUUAAAAAAAAAAUGUAUUUAUAGUGGUAAUCUAAGAGAUUAACAUUUAUGUGGAGUUCGGUGUGUCCAUUUAGUCCUGUCUGAGUUAAUGGCACCGAACAUCACCAUUCAAAGGGUGUGCGCCUCUGCCUGUUUAUCAGUUCAUCUGUGUUCCAGGAUUUGUUCAGGUUUCCCUCCUCCCCCAAAUCUUGUACAUAACUUGUAUUAUGUGUAAGUUAAACAUUUUAUCUUUAACUUGGAAUGUUCCCAGUGAUUACAUUUAACAGGGUGUUUCCCACCUUGUUGGCAAAUGACUAAAAAAUAUCAUGAGAAUUAUUUGCUACCAAGAUGGUGCCCUUAGGGUACAAUGAGGAAAGUCUCUGCAGGAUGAUUUAUUGUACUUCUUUGUCCUUUUUUUAGCCUAGGCCAGAACAUCAUUAUUAUUUUAAACAUAAGACCAUAAAAUGGCUUUUAUUAGAUGAUAACUAAAUAAACUGAACUAAAUAAAAUAGCCGGAAGACAGUACCUUAGAAGCAGAUAGUUGUAAGUUUAUAAAACUACAAAUGUAAGUUAUAUUUCCAUUUUCCUCUUUGCCCUUUGUUUUUCCCCAGAGAUGUUCUGUCCGGUUUUCUUUUCUUGCCAGUUAAGCUUUGGCUGCACCCAGGCCUCUGUGUCAGCCUGGGAUGCCAACAUUGCCAGUUUUCUUUUUUGCUUCCAUUCCUGCACCUUGGAAAUGUCUUGUUCAGUUCCUUGGGAAUUACAGCAGAUUCCUCAGGCUACAUUUAAUACAAGAACACGUGUGACGUUAAAAGACACAGUCUAGUGAUGCCAUCAUCCUUCAUAUAGUAAAACUACCUCUAGAUUGUGGUAAGCUUUUACUGUCCCUUAAAACAGGAGCCACUAGUACCUUAUGAAUGCAAACUGUAAUUUCUGUCGCAUUUUUGGUGUAUUUCUGGCUCCCUGGGCUUCUGAAAAUUUUCACGUAGCCUCUUAAUUCUUUGUUAGGAGCAUUGUUUUCCAGCUUUGCUGAUUUCACUUACCGUUUUAUAGACUGUGCCACUGUAAAUGCCACUCUGAACAUCUUUAAACUGCCUCCUCCUUGGUUGGUCAAGGGGAAGGCCAUCUGUAAAAUGCGUGGCAGUGCCAGGCUUCUCAGUCCCCAGGCUACGUUGAGAUCAGCUGCAGUCAGUCUCCUUCCCUGCCCCACGCCUCCAUCCGUUUCAGCGGUCAAGGGCAGAGCUCACUGUGGCCUUACCUUACCUAUCUUUGCAGUAACUGUUCUCCGCUUUCUUCCUUCCCAGAGCCGCUCUCCAGUUGCGGUGGAAGCAGGACACUGCUAUCUGUUCAGAGCCUUCGUGGUUCCCAGUGCCCCUGGGCUCUCCAACGUCCUAGAUUUGGGAUUUAGUUAAGAAAUCAUUAAGUUAACUGAGAUUUGAAGAACAAACUAUUCCUUACCCAGCUUUGUAGCUUAAAGUAACUUUUCAAGUUCAUGGCUUUAUUAAAAUGAGCUUUGACUUUUUAAAGUGUUUAUAUCUUAUUUCGGUUUUUUCAUUUAUUUUAAUAAGAAUUGAAACAAGACUAUAAGUCAUUUUCCUGUUUUCUUUUCUUUCUUUCUUUCUUUUUUUUUUUUUUUACAAAGUCCAAGAAUGUAACAAUAAAGGCAUUUUUCCAUGGUUCUCUGUCAGACUCCUACCACGGAAUAGAGUGAAUUGAUAUGUCUGUUUUACCAUGUUAUUGAUAGUUUUUUUUGUCAGCUGCUUUUAUUAAAAGUCCUUUUUGUGGAUUUGUAAAUCAUUUUCAAUAUAUGAUGUACUGGGGUCUUGUCCCUGUUGCUGUGGAGUGUUCUCUCGCUGAUGAUACUGUUGCAGAUGCUGGUUCCUUAUCCUCAUGAAGACUUAUUAGAACAGGGAGUUCUUCAGUUGCAGUAUGUGGGUGUGUUUUUCAGUUCUGCUUGGAACGAGUCUAUACCGCUUCUUAAACAUGUCUAGAUGCGGAACCUGAGACCCAGCAUGUUUUUUAGCUUACUGAAUUUGUUAAGAGCUUGGAAGGCAGGCUAAAAACUGAAAAUGUGGGAUGCCCUUUAUAUGAUUGCAGAGCCAAACACUAGUGGGAUUUUGAACUUGCUGCUGACCGCUCUUAAACUGUGGCAACUUCCUCAUGUACAAUUGACUAGUGGAAUCAUCUGUCACCCUUAUUGCCAUCAUCUUAACUUUAACAGUUUUGUAUCUUUCUUUUCUGUGUGGUGCUGGGGUCAAAUUGAAGGCCUCAAGCAUAUUUGCUAAGGCUUUUUGUUUGUUUUUUCAUGAGACAAGGGUCUCACCCAUGUAGCCCCUCAGGGCGUUCUUGAACUUUCCUGCCUUAGCCUCCAGGUGCUGGGAUGCCAAGUAUGACGGGAUGCCAGCACUGCUUUUGUCUUCAGAGAAACUGAUCUGUGUGUCGUCUAACCACAGAGGAAUUCCAAUGCAAUUUUUAAUAAUUAAUCCAACUAGCUAUUUAAUCAGAAAGUCAUCUUUUUUUGAGGGGGGGAGAGAUUCCUGUUUGAAAUAAAAUGCUAUUUGAUUAUUAACCAAGUUAAGGGACAUUGUUUUCCAAAGCAGCUGUGUUUCUGGUGAGUACUGAACAAAUGUCUGAUUUUCUGUGUCACUUUUGAUUUCUUUUUCAAGCACUGUAACUUGGGAUGGAUGUUUAGAAACAAUAAUAUAUUAGGGUUUCUACUUAACCCUUUCAGGACUGAGCUGGAUCGCCUUCUAUUCAUUUCUCCCUGUGUCGUGAUAAAUGUUUGCCAGCGUUCAGUACUGUGUUGGUCCAGAUGUAGUUUUAUGUAAAAGCUCAGUUUUAGCUUAUUUCUUGUACCUUGCAGCAUGCUCUACACAUUCAGUCCUUAAGGGGUUUCUUUACAAACUGUGCGUCUGUAAGGGUUAUUAGCAAUAAGAUAGAAAAUUGAGCAAGUUUAUAUCAUAAUUUUGUAGAAAAAGGAAUCUGCUCAAUUCCAUAUUUCAUCCAUGAAAAAUCUGCAAUACGGGCAGCUUCUAGGAAUAAAUAAAAAGGAAAUGUGUAAACCAUUGUAAAUGUCUUCUGUGGGAUGUGCCUGAUUCAUGUAUCAUCGUCUUUGAUUUAAGAAUUCCUCAUAAAGGUUAUUAAAUUCUA